GGGAACUCUUCCAGCUCAGGUUUAAACCAUGGCUAAUGAACCUGUCAUCCUGAACGUUUAUAAUAUGUACUGGAUAAACGAGUACACUUCCAAUCUGGGCAUUGGAGUCUUCCACUCAGGCAUCGAGAUUUAUGGCCGAGAGUUUGCAUACGGGGGUCAUCCAUACCCGUUCAGCGGGAUCUUUGAGAUCACUCCCGGGAAUGCUGCAGAGCUGGGGGAGACGUUCAACUUCAAGGAAGCCAUCGUUCUGGGCACCACGGACUUCACAGAGGACGACAUGGAUAAGAUCAUGGAGGAGCUGGGGAGAGAGUUCAAAGGGAAUGCGUACCACCUGAUGCACAAGAACUGCAACCAUUUCUCCUCCUCGCUGUCCGAGUUGCUGUGUGGCCGUGAGAUCCCGCGCUGGGUGAACCGGCUGGCAUACUUCUCCUCCUGCAUCCCCUUCCUGCAGAGCUGCCUCCCCAAGGAGUGGCUGACCCCUGCCGCCCUGCAGACCCACAUCAGCCUGGGCCUCCACAGAGAGGAGUGCCGCGAGUCCAGCGACGAGGACCCGUCGUCCCCGACUGGAGCAGCCGCCGCGGCCAGCAGCUCCAAGCACAGCUGCCGCCACACCAGGGUCUGAGCCCCCUCCAGACCCUCAGGGUGGAUCUAAUGGGCUCGAAUAACCAGCUGACCUCAGACUGAGUGUCCUCAGAGGAAGAAAUCAUAACCUGGGACCUCACAGGAGGACAGACUGUUCCUCAGACUCUUGUAGAUCUGAACUUUUAUUCGUCUCUUUUCCACAAACUGUUGAACCUCCGUCAGCCUUGCUCCCGUCUUCAGAGCUGCUUUUGUAGAACGACUAGACCUCUGAUCCACUUGACUCCCACCAGUCCUCGAUGACCUCUCUGUGGCCUUCAGCUGAUGUCUCUGCUCUCAGUGGGAAUCACGACGUUAACUCCGGCCAUGUUAGAGGGCUUAACGAGGGGGGGGGGUAUUUCUCGAGGUUAGACGGAACAUGUUGCAUGUUGAAGGAAUUUGACAAAAACGUAAACUCACCAGCGUUGCCAGAGAGGGAAUGUGAGGCUAUCGUAGCGGACACUUAAAUGGGAAAACGAUCGUACGAGGAUCAUAACCACGAGGACCAAAAUGUGAACAUGUUAACCAGGAUUGGCUGGAAAAAAGUCACGUGAGAAAAGAUGCGUAACCACCGACGUAGAAAAGUCAGUAUUUUAUCGAGAUGGUGCUGAGUUAACCGUGAGAGUAACAAAUGGAUCGUACAUGAUGGCACUAUUUGGCAUUAUUGAUUGUACAGAAGGCAAGAUUAUUGUCCGAUAAUUCCCCAAAUGAUCAUGGUUGUGUCCUUAAAUUGUACGAUUAGUUGAUAACUUUAAAAUGAUUGAGAUAUAAUGUACGUCGUUAAUCUGAAAAUGAUUGACGUUAUAUCUGUAUAUUGUACGAUAAGUCGGAAACGUAAAAACUACCGAGGUUCCCCCAUACUUACACAAACCACAAACACAGGAACCAAUCAGUGUGAUAUUUCACGUAAACAACUUUUUAUACGCUAACAAAUCUACCAAUGAUUUGCUAGAAAUAAAUCACAUGGAAAGAGAUAUGUAAUCAAAAAAGGUAGGAAAUGUUUGCUGUCACAAAUGAAUUUAGUUAUCGUACAUUAAAGCAGUUUUUGAUUCUCCAUUCUCCAGAGCAAAAUCAUCGUACGAUAACUCCCAUAUAUGUUCGAGGUUGAAUCCAUAUUUUGUGCAAUAAAAUGAUGAGGUCAGCUCCAUGUAUUCUACGCAAAGUGGUGUAUGUUAAAAUGGCCGAGGUUAUAUCCGUAUAUUGUACAAUAAUGCGAUAAAGUGAAAGAUUGAGUCCAUACUUUACAAUACCAUAAGUUAAUAAGUUAUUGUAUUGUAAUGAUAUUUAUUGUUAACCACGAGGACGUGAUUGUGAAACUUUACGAAAUGCAUCGUUGCAGAGUAUUCAUUUUAAGCGGAAAGAAACAGUUGUACAAAAAGGCACGAUUAUUGUAAAAAAAGUAGAUAAAAUACAGAAAUAUGAGAGUUAUUGUACAUCUGGCAACGCUGGUCGCCUCAUUUCUGAUUAUAUCAUCAAGUAUUUCUGUUUAAAACAAACAAACAGCUAAAGGACAGAUGUCAACAAUCAGGGGAACUGUUCAGAACAUCAGAGACACCAAGAGAAGCUGCUGACCGUUACUGGCUUUGUGACGCAGCACAACUUUUGUCUACGCUUUUAUAUCCAAACGGUGUUUAUAUGAUAACGGUGCGUUAACUUUCAGGAUAUGGAAAUGUACAUUUACGCCCCCUGUGGUACUGCUCAUCCCCUUUUCCAACAAUUACACUGAAACCUGAGAGUUAAAUCAGUAUUCUCCUUUAAAUUACAGUUCCCAUAACCCAAAUAUACUUCUUUUUCCUCUUACCUGUUGUUCUGUUAUCAGUCUAUACUUCAUGUAAUUGUGCUGCCUAAAGGCUUUUGCUGGUAAUUAAACACGUCUUAAAUCAACCUUUGAACGGUUUUAAAGUAGGUUUUCAUGUUUUCAAGUGAGAGGAAAAAUAGGUAUUUUCGAACUUGGGUUGAACUGACCGUUGUUAAAGUAAUGGUGUCUACAUUUUGUGAAAUAUACGAUAUCGCUUUCCUGCAGGAAGUAAGUACAGUUCAGUAAAUAUGGAGUUAUAACCAACAUUGUGCUAGCUUAGCUUAGCAUAAAGACAGCAAACAAAGGGAAACUGCUAGCCUGUCCAAAGGUAACAAAGUCCACCUUCCAACACACCGGAAGCUCACAAUUUAUUAUAUUUUAUACAUUUUUAAAGCUGCUGCUAACAAUGACUUAUGUUAUCAACUACUUUGUACUAUGAUUACUGUAUAAAAUAUCAGAAAAUACUGAAAAAUGUCCAUCCCAGAUUCUCAGGAUCUAAGGUGAUGCCAGUUUAUUUAUGCUAAGCUAAGCUAAGCUAACCAGCUGCUACCUAUCUGUACUUCUCAGUGGAGAGGGAUAUCACACUUAUUAUCUUAUUCUCAGCAAGAAAACCAGUCAGUGAAUCUCACAAAAUGUCACACUCAUUCCUUUAAUACCGUCUUUAAAAGCAUUUUAAUGAGAGUUAAGGGACUUUUAAAUCUCACUUUGAUGCAGUGAGAAGCUCAGACACUCGUUAAGGGAAAACAUGAUGUCAUAAUUAAUUGUACUCCUUGUUUUGUGUCAUACAUGCAGGUAAAUUAAUGGUUAUUAUCCCCUGGUACUAAUUACAUGUCAUUUUAUGUCAUGUCUUUUUUCUGAAAUGCAGUGAAGCAGCGAUUUGAACUCAGACUCCUCCUCCAUGAUCUUAAAUAAGCUAUAUAUGUAUUUAUACUUUGAUGUCGUCUUACAUAGCACCAAGUGCAUUUUGUUCAGAUGUUUUUUGUAUAUUUUGAGUUGACAGAGAUCCAGUCUUUACAAAGAGUGGACCGGUAUUAUUUUCUGGAUCAACCCUGACCUUGUUUUUCCUUUUCCUAACCUAACGCCAUUUGAAGAAUGAUGAUAUAGUACUAGA